GCUCCUCGUGGCCGUCGUCUUCGCUCUUUCGUGACCUGGAAUAGCAAUUCCAUUCUUCUCUGUCAUAACGCUUUCCCGGCUAUCGGUCUUUCACUUUCCUUCCCUUCGAGCUGCACCGGGACGCUGCGCAGUACCAAGAUACCUUCAUCGCCUGGAUUCAAUGCCAAUGUUCAUGAUUCCACAAGUCGUUCUUUCGCCUUAAAAAUCCAACCCAAUUUCCAUCCCGACCAGUGGUUUCGCAACCACAAACAUUCUCAAGAUGACGAGACCUCGGAUUGUGCGGGCCGAUACCAUGGACCUUCAGGACCAGCAUGCCCCUUCCGCCAAGGACCACUCCAAACAACCCAUGAACUCUGCGGGCAUUGCCCCCCACCAGGAACAAGCUCUCCGCCAGGCCGACCAGGACACCCAAGCUGAAAUGAUGCAAGGCCCGUGCACCCAUGACGGCCACCCCAGUGACGAUCGCGCCGAUGGGAUCGAUAUCUACGACGACGAUGACGAUGACGACGAGAUCGAAGAUAUAGAUCACCACCGCGACCUCGUGGGUGAAUCGGAAGAAGGCGACCUGGCCGAUGGAGAAAGUGACGACAUGCUGGAUGAUGAUAUGAUGGACAAGAUCUCGAGUUCUCCAUCCAUUGACGAUGAGGAUAUCGACUUCGAAUUCGUCUAUGCGCUGCACAACUUCUUCGCGACCGUCGACGGACAGGCGAACGCAUCCAAGGGCGAUACCAUGGUUCUUCUAGACGACAGCAACAGCUACUGGUGGCUCGUUCGGAUUGUCAAGGACGGCAGCAUUGGGUAUCUACCGGCGGAACAUAUUGAAACUCCGACCGAGAGACUGGCUAGAUUGAACAAGCAUCGGAAUGUGGAUCUUUCCGCAACCAUGCUCGGAGACAAUUCGGAAAAGUCGAAGAACCCACUGAUGAGGGCGGUGCGCCGCAGAACAACCAGAAACGUCCAGUUCACCGCUCCAACAUAUAUCGAAGCGUCUGAUGUCGAUUACUCCAGCGACGAGGACUUGGACGACGCGGCAUCCUUCAACGAUGAAGACGGCUCGCGAGCGGAGGCGGACGAUUCGCACGAUGGCCACAAUGAAGACAUCAUCGUCCAGCCACUGAGAACAAAGUCGCAGCGAGACAAGGGAACCGAAGAUGGCAGCGUCGAUGAGACGGAUGAGCCAGCUGGGAACAGUCCUGUCAAGCAACGUUCUAGCCAGGAGCUUCUUGAGCCUGACGCCGAUAACAAUGUGAGCCGGUCGCGAAAUGGUACCGUUCGCAACACCGAUUCCUUCUUCAGAGACGAUACCGUGGAGACAAAGAAGAUUUCCUUGACGCCCAACCUCCUCCGAGACGAAAUCGGUAGUAGUGGUCUCUCUGGCGAGGCGAACGAAGGCCGCGGUAGCUUAGAGAACAUCGACAAGACCCUCAGCGCGAUUGAUAAGAGUAGAGAGGAUAAGAAGCGCAAAGACAAGAAGUCCGGAAUGCUUAGUGGCCUUUUCAAAAGGAAGGACAAGAAGACCAAAUCCCACGACGACGAGACGGAAGAGGCCGAGAAGAACUCGAACGAGUUUUCCCGCUCAUCGCCUCAGCCGAAAACAUCUCUGGAAUCAGUCCCCUCGCCUGUUUCCCCUGAAGCUCGAUCCCCCAAGCAGCUGGUGGCGCAGAGGCAGACCAGUAAGCUGCAGAAGCAGCCUCCGGUGGCCCUCUCUCCAAUUAAGCAGGAUUUCUCUCGUGAACAAGAGCCUACUAGCAUCGACAAGAACAUCAAGUCGGCGAUGAGCACCAAACCGGACCAGACCAUCCGACAAGUCACCUCUGAAGAAGCGGAUGAUAUUCCGUCGUCACCGCCACUGGGUCCGUUUGAUGAUAGUCAGGAGAUCAUGAUGUCUUCCGCUCGUGUGCCGAGCCCUGCGAAGAAGAUGGUGCCGUCUCAACCUGAACCACAGGAUCAAAUCACAUCACCCGUGGAGUCGCACGGCGACUGGCAGGAUGCGUCUGAGAAUGUAGCGUACUCGCAGCGUUCGGUAGCAUCUCCUCCCCAGCGAUUCCAACCGAGACAGCUGGAUUAUCAAAACCAGCGAUUUGACUCUCCUGUCAGUGGCUCGAUGGAAGAGCCCCCGAUCUCGCCCAUUGCACCCACCUUGGGGACGGAUUUCUCCAAUCCGGCGAGACACUCUAUCGUGUCGGUCUCCCCUCCCAUGUCUCCUGUCACCAGUCAGCGCGACAGUAGAGGCAUCGAUGUUCGUUCUUCCUCAUUUAGCAAUGUAUCAGCGCCUACUCCUACUUGGAGUGAUGCGAGCUUGCGAUCAUACCUGGACGAUGAGAAUGACAUUCGCGAUUUGUUCAUCAUCGUCCACGACAACUCUAAUAUUCCCCCUGCCGGUCCUGAUCACCCCAUCACCGGUUGUCUUUUCAAAGAAGAGAGCAAGCGGCUCCGGGAGAUGAGUAGCCAGCUUGAUUCCAUGCUGGCUGAAUGGGUCGGUCGAAGAGUGCGGGAGUCAGCUAGCAAGUAG